AUCUAUAAUAAUAAACACAUUAUAGCAUACAUUUUAGAAAAUAAACUGAACAAAAUUGUGUAGAAUGUUGAUUUUUUUUAGAAAACACAACACAAUUAAUGGUUUUAAAGAAGACGAGAAAAAAGCCGAUUGUACAUUUUUAUGGAAUAAUUUUGUUCUCUCCCUCUCUUUGUUUUGUUUCAUUGAUGGUGAUUUUUCAUCAUUAGUUGAUAAACUGUACAAAAUGAAGAUAGAAAACAACUUAUUUAUAGUCCCCCCCCCCAAAAAAAACAAUACUAACAACAACAGUACAUACAACCAUAAUAACAAUACUUGGUCACCAUUUGUAUUACAAUGUGAAUUCACAUAACUAUUUAAUUAUCACUGAAAAAAGAUUUUCAUUACUUAAUACAGUAAAAGAAUAAAAUGAAGUGAGGGAAAACACAUUAAAACAAUUUACAAUAUUCUUUUCUUAAUUGCUGGUAGAUAUUGUGGUGAAACUGUAGAGAGACCGGAAAUAUAUUCGGGUAUAUAUAUAUAUAUAUAUAUA